AUGACCCUUUCCCCUUCCGUCUGCCUUUCCAGAUGUGCGCUCACCCUCCUUCUCCUCCAGCUGUCCCAACUGGAUGCAGCUCCGUUUGACGUGUUCGGACCCCCAGCGCCUAUCCUGGCUCUGGUGGGUGCAGAUGUCGAGCUGCCCUGUCCCCUCACCCCCAACGUGAGCGCUGAGCACCUGGAGCUGCGAUGGUUCCGGGAGAAAGUCUCGCCGGCGGUGCUGGUGCACCGGGCCGGGCGCCUGCAGGACGCAGAGCAGAUGCCGGAGUACCGAGGAAGAGCCUCGCUGGCGAAGGACAACAUCACCGCCGGGCACGCGGCUGUGAGGAUCCACGGGGUCAGGCCCUCUGAUGACGGAGAAUACAGGUGCUUUUUCAGGGAGGGUGAAAGCUACGAAGAGGCCAAGGUGCAGCUAAAGGUGGCUGCUCUGGGCUCUGACCCUCAUAUCCAGGUGGAAGUUCAAGAGAGUGGUGCGAUCCGGCUGGAGUGCUCCUCAGCGGGCUGGUACCCAGAGCCCCAGGUACAGUGGAGAACUCUCCAGGGAGAGAAUUUUCCAUCCACAACCGAGUCCAGCAUCCCUGACGAAGAAGGCCUGUUCACUGUGGCAGCUUCCCUGAUGAUCAGUGACAACACCCUGGGGAAUGUGUCCUGCUGCAUCCGGAACCUCCUUCUUGGCCAGGAGAAGGAAGCAGACAUUCCCAUACCAGCUUCCCUUUUCCCACGACUGACUCCCUGGAUGGUGGCGGUGGCCGUCAUCAUGCUAAUCCUAGGAUUUUUCACUAUUGGGUCCAUAUGUAUGACUUGGAGACUAUACAGGGAAAGAUCCCGAGAGAGGAAGAGGGAAUUCAGCUCUAAAGAGAAACUCCUAGAAGAACUCAAAUGGAAAAAGGCUACGUUGCAUGCAGUUGAUGUGACCCUGGAUCCAGACACAGCCCACCCUCAUCUCUUUCUGUAUGACGACUCCAAAUCGGUCCGCCUGGAAGAUUCCCGGCAGAACUUGCCCGAAAAGCCGGAGAGAUUUGACGCCUGGCCCUGUGUGCUGGGUCGGGAGGUCUUCACCUCAGGGAGACAUUACUGGGAGGUGGAGGUGGGAAACAGAACCGACUGGGCGAUCGGAGUGUGUAGGGAGGAUGUGAUGAAGAAAGGAUUCGAUCCCAUGACUCCUGAGAAUGGGUUCUGGGCUGUGGAGUUGUAUGGAAACGGGUACUGGGCCCUCACGCCCCUCCGCACCCCUCUUCCAUUGGCAGGGGCCCAGGACCUUCCUAAGGACAUCCCACUGUCUCCCAUCGGCGAUACAGACACUCUCCAUUCUAAACUGAUCCCCACCCCAGCUGGCCAAGGGGCACCUUAGAGA